GUCUUGAUGACGUCCACACGUAAACAAGUAGUGAGUGAGGUGGCAGCCAAGGGACUGACUUCCUGAUUUUUCUAUGAAUUUACUUGUGUGUAAGUCGAGUACAGACAUGGCCAAUCUGGAGUUGGAUCCGUUGUUCCGUCGAGGUCUCCGUCUUCUUCAUUCACGCAGCCGGGACUCUCUAGACCAGCUGAAGGCUAUUGUUGACGAUGCGGUCAGACAGCGGCAGGGGAAGACCAUACCGCCCAUGAACAAGGAUCCGUUCAGUCUUCGACGAGAAUCUCCAAUACCUCGAUCAAAACCUGGCAGUCCCAUACCUGUCUCGUUCUCCAAGAGAGAAGAAAUCAAGAAGGAUAUGGAGCGAAAACUGAGUAUGCGCGACGAUGAGAUGGUAAUGCCCAAGAGGCCACGAUUAGAUUCACCGAGUGCGUUCAAGUCCCACACCCCCUCACCCACUCCCUCCGUUAAGUCUGAGAGUUCUUCACGGAGCCGGAAGUCCGACGAGAGUGACUCAGACACAGAGAUGAACGACCUGGCCAUGGAGAUUAUGGACGAGGUCAACUGUACAGUGUGCAAGAGCUUUGAGGUGUCGCCACGUAAUCGACUGGUGGAGUGCCAGGAAUGCCACUCCCUGUAUCAUCAAGAGUGCCACAAGCCACCUGUCACCGACCAAGAUGUUAAUGACCCUCGUCUUGUGUGGUACUGUGCCAAGUGUACCAAGACGCUGAAGAAACUGACCGCCAUGAUGAGCACAUCUGGAGGUGGUAGCAUAACUGGCACCCGAGGGGUCGGUGGUGGAGGAAUGCCCAGCGUGUCAGGUGGAGGGAAGUCAGGAGGGUCACACACUCGACCCACGGCCUCGCCAACCAAGGGUCCGAGUCUCUCUCGUCCUUCGCCGUUCACUAACUUGUCAUCUGCCUCAGGAAGGGGUUUAGGCUCCAACAACAGUGGCGGCAACAGUAAUGGAACCAGCAAGUCAUCGUCUUCCUCAUCAACGUCAUCGUCAUCAGGGAAGUCGUCUGCACCGUCUAACUCGAUGAUCUCGGCAGAGAGGAGGAUGCACUUAAUGAAGAAGAAAGCUGCAGCCAAGAUGGCAGAGAAACGGAAACUGUAGAUAGAGCACAAUGUGACAAGGAAUUCCAUUAGAAAUUAAUAUGUACAUAGAACUUCAUGUAAGCUUUAAGCCUCUUAAUCUUAUUAUAGAUUACAUUUGUAUAUUAUUAUGAUAAUUUGAAUGAAACUGACUAAAUACGGAACUGAAGAGUAAAUUUUUGAUACAGUAUUACAACUCCCAGUAAGGUCUUGGCCUCAGAAAACACUGCUUACCAAGGAAGGGCUUUGUUGUGGUUCAGCUUCCAAAGAUAAUUCCGUACAAGCUGGCCGUGAUAAUUAUGUAAUGUGCUGUACAGCCUUGAACUUCCAUUUAAAAGCUAAGCCAAGUAACUCCUCUUUCAUUAGGUAUCCUAUACUGACAAAGUUUUGAGGAAGUGAGUCUUGUGGUGUGUGUAUUAUUGUACACUCAGUUAUGUGACCAGAGAUUCAUUUUGUUGCUUUUUCUCUUAGAUUUGGUAUCACCUGUACCCAAGAAGACAACUUCAGGAAUAUUUUGUUUAAUUGUGUUUCUUUUAAUCCCAGACACCAGGCUAUGGUAGGCAUACCCCCCUUAUGAGGGUAUACAGUAUUUGGAAAAAUUUAGUACAAACUGUUCAUGCAUGAUAUAAGCAGGAGAUAGGAAGAGCCGAGAAUGCACGUCAGGUAGUGUGUGUGUGACUCGAGGUGAGGUUGGCAGGACAAGGUAGACAAUACUAAUUUGUAGGCAGUAUUUGGUACUGUACAGGUCACUUGUUUUAUUGUAGUAUUAGUAUUUAGUAGCAUUCUACACUAUUUAUAAUUACUGUAUUAUUGUUGCCUCUGGUAAUUGAUCACAGAUCUGUUGAUGGGAGUCAGAAACACGUGACGAAGUGCAUGAAGUCCAAGGGCGAGAUCCUUGUAUUACAACAACUGAGAAGGAAGAUUGGGAGGCUGACAUGUGUGAACAAAUGAAAGAUUAAUGCUUACUUGGCAACAUAAUCUAGCCAGGCCUGUGUGGCAAUUCAAACAGUACUGUACCGUGUAAUUACAAAAUGUCAUACGACUUUAACCAAAGCCAAGGAGUUAAUUCCCACUCAUUGGCUAAUAAGCAGUGUUUUGGGGUCAAGUUAGAAGUGGUUGAACUGACCAGUCAACUAAAAGUACGGACAAUGGAGUAGUAUGUCAUACCACCAGGCUUAGAAAUUCACUUGACUAUUAUGGCUUUUACUACAAGAGAAUCGCCACCAGCACAGUGGUGAUGAAGAAGGUGCUUACGUAUAUACUAAGGUUUUCACAGCCAGUCACCGGUCAGGGCCACUUAAAUUCCAUAUCUGUGAUGAUCAGUAGAUAUUGUAUACUUUUGUGUGAGAAUGUGACUCGUCAUCUACUGUAUGUCGUGAAUAAUGUAAUGAAAGUAUUGUU